UGCCCGUCAGUGCUGUCUAUCAGUGCCACCUAUCAAUGCCUCCUAUCAGUGCCAUCAGUGCCUCCUCAUCAGUGCCCAUCAGUGCCACCUAUCAGUGUCCAUCAGUGCAGCCUAUCAGUGCCCAUCACUGCAGCCUCAUUAGCGCACAUCAGUGAAGGAGAAAAAUCACUUAUUUACAAACUUUUAUAACAAAAACUAAAAAAAACCUUUUUUUUCAGAA